CAUGUCCGCUCAGGAGCUCUUUGUUGCUGCAGCUCGUAAAUGUUUACCUGCUAGAAGGAAAUCUCUUUCUGUUCCUCAGAGUCUGGAUCUUGCCGCUCAGGUGUCGGCCGUUGAUUUGGGCUUGAAACCAGCUCUGCUGUAUGACAGUAAUGGCGUCAGUACAGAGCGGGUGCAGCAGUAUUUGAGCUCACUGCAGUCUUCCCAGCUUGUGUCUAAAUCACUUCUCACGCUGGAUUUAAAUGGUAACACACUCAUUGUCAAUUCACUUUCUGUAAGAUCGAAUCUAGAAAAGCUGCUUCGUGAUAGCAGCUUGGUUGUGAUUAACGUCUGCCACUCUCUGGAGAAGCCCGCCAUCACUGACGGAGGAGAGCUGAAGAGCAUUGCGCAAGAUUUACUGCUUCUCCUGAGAGGGUUUGAACAACUAAAGGAGGCCGAGGAACCUCUUUAUGUUGGAGAGAAAUCAGAAGAAUGGAACCUGUGCACAGUGUUCGGUCUGUUACUGGGUUACCCCGUCACCUACUGGUUUGAUCAGACCAACAGCUUUGAAAACUGCCUGUCUAUGACCCCCCUGACGGUGACCAAGGCUUCAGCGACGUGGCAGGCCGACACCGCGGGUCACACGUGUUGUCUGUACUCCUUCAGUGUCCCAGCUGUUCUGCACAAAGAGACGCAGUCCAGCGUGGAGGACUGGAACCUUCGUCUUCAAGAGAGAUUUCAGCAGCAAAAUGUCCUAAAAGAUCUUACGGUUUGCCGAACCACGGUCACGCUGCCCUCAGUCUGUUUGUGAUGCUAGCAUGAGUUUGGAUUAUGUGGGUUUACUUUCAUCGCUCCAUUAAACUGUGUUAAAACA